AGUUCUCUCUCGGUUCGGAUGUUAUUUUUUCUGUUGCCGCAGUGGCUUGUCUGAUAUAUAAAUUGAAAAGUCUUCUUAACCUUUCCUUAAACUGCUCAUCAUUUUACCUCGUGUUGUCGAGUUAAGCGUUCCAAUUCCUGUUCCAAAUGAGAUUGAUAAAGAUAUACCUUCGAUACUAUCCACCAGGCAUUGCGCUGAACUACCAGAAGAAAGGUAUCGAAGGGACCAAAAUGAUAGAUCUGUUUGAUCUUACACCAAGCUGUGAUCUCCAAGUGCUAACGAAGCAAAUUGCCUCCACCGAACCACUCAUUACGCAAGAAGUGUUCCCCCAGGUGACGGAAAUAUUGGAAAAGUUGCAGAAAAAGCUCAAAGAACCGGUCAAGACCAAGUUUUACCUGUUCAAAACGCUGCAAACGCACAUCCUGCCACUGACGAAUGUGUGCUUCGACAAAUCGGGCAAAAAAUGCAUUACCGGAUCUUACGACCGUACCUGUCGCAUCUGGAACGUGGAAAGUGGUGACGAAGAGAAAGUCCUUAAAGGGCAUGAAAAUGUCGUCUUCUCUGUAGCCUACAACUAUCCCCGAUGCGACCGGAUACUUACAGGAUCAUUUGACAAAACUGCCAAGAUAUGGAACCCCGUCUCGGGCAACUGUAUCAACACACUCUGGGGUCAUACGGCCGAAAUUGUGGGCGCAGAGUUCAAUCCCCACCAGUGUGAGCUGGUAGCAACGUGCAGCAUGGACAAUACGGCCCGCGUGUUUCACUCGGAAACGGGCCAGGAGAUACAUCUGUUUGCGGAUCAUUCGGCGGAAGUUAUCUCGGCCCGGUUCAACAAGGAGGGCAGUCUGCUGCUUACCGCCUCGUUCGACGAAACGGCCACCGUGUGGGAUAUGCGAGCUAAAGAGCACGCUAUUGUUAUCCGUGGACAUGAGGCCGAACUAAGUAACGCUGUCUGGAACUUCCAGUGCAAUCUGAUCGCUACCAGCUCCCUUGACCGGACGGCCAAGAUAUGGGAUCUGCGUCGGUUGGAUGAACCACAAGCCACGGCCACCCACAAGGAUGAGGUGCUGGACGUUGCGUUCAACUGUACCGGCACACGGUUAGCGACGGGCAGUGCCGACUGUACCGCCAAGGUGUGGGACGUUACGGGCAACUUCGAGCUCGUUACGAUCAUGGCCGGCCAUUCGGACGAAGUGUCUAAGGUGACGUUCAGCCCACCGGGUGGAUUGCUGCUGACGGCAUCUGCCGACAAAACGGCCCGCAUUUGGAACUCGGGCACCGGUACCUGCACCCAGACACUGUCCGGCCACGAUGGGGAAGUGUUUUCCUGCUCGUUCAACUACUCCGGCGACGCCAUCAUUACCGCGUCGAAGGACAACACGUGUAAGAUAUGGAGAUGAUACGACUGGUUCUCCGGGCAGGCCUUUAAAGGUCAGCCUAAGAAGCAGCGGCAGAGGUACAGUGUGGCAUAUAGCAACCGGGAGGCCGAACACUGGACCAAGUUUUUGCUGCGCAGCUGAACGCUUGAUGCUCGCGGCGAGCGGAUAAUAUUAAAAAGGGCGGAAUUCACGCGAAAGGGAAUUCCGUGCCCCUUACGCGAACCGUAUUAUGGCAUAUGAAUUAUUACAUUGAUUAUUUGCUAAACUGUAACCGAUUUUGCAUUUACUGGAUAGUAGAUAUAGCAUCAAGCUAUUGCUACCGAGAACUGUUUUUGCUGUUAAAAUAAUACAUUUAAUCUCAAAGCAGGAUAAUGUAAAUGAUUAGAAACGACAAAUGUUCGCGUGUAGCUUGCACCAAACCCCAGAGUAAUGUGGAUAAUUUGAGUCCAUUUGCCAUGAUAUUGAAAGUAAUAAUUGAGUUUUUAAAAAAAAAAGCUUCCUGACUAAGAGAAUUCUCAAUCGGCGUUCAAAGUUGUGUAAAUAUGUUUUGCAAAUUAUGAGGAUCUACUUCUACUAAGAUGUACAUGAAUAAGUAAUUGAGUUUUAACAACUGAUUGGCUUCCUUCCCUUGAGUCCAUAUUAUUCAAGUUCAAGUGUUAGUUAUUUUACAAUUAUGUCUUUAAAUUGUUUAAAACCAAUAACUUAUUAUUAGAAGAAUUUUAUUGCACAAUUGUGCCGCUAAACGAACAGCUGUUUUCGAAUGUGUUGUGCAAUGUUAACUUUAAAACUAAUUGGGUUGAAAGAGUAUCAAAGCAAUUAUUUAUAAAUAUUUCACACAAAAUCAGAAAUUAUAAAUUAAUGAAUUAGACCAAAAAUUGUAGAAAUAAUGCGUGAUGGUCAAUAAAUAAUCGGAGUAGAGCACAAACAUGAUUUUCCAUCAUUGGUUUUCAAUUACACAAUACAUUCGAAACAGAUGCCAAUGGCAAAAAGUUGACAACA